AUUCUCUCAAACUUAACAAUUCGUUAUUCUUCGCUCAAAAUUGCUAAUAUCACACCGUUUCCGAAAAUGUUCGCAAAAAUUGUUGUUGCCUUAUUGGUGCUCUGCGCAGUCGCCACUGAUGCGCAGGUCAUCAGUAUCGGAAAAUGCGCGCCAGUUACCGUCAAGCAAGACUUUGACCUUUCUCAAUAUCUGGGAAGAUGGUACGAACAGCAGCGCUAUUUUACCAUCUUUGAAAUCGGGUUAGACUGCGUCACUGCCAAUUAUAGCCUUCGCGCUGAGGGUGACGUAAAGGUCAAUAACACCGGCCGCCAAAGCAACGGCCAACCUAGCACCGCUAUUGGACGCGCUUAUGUUCCUGACGCCAGUGUUCCGGCCAAGUUGCUGGUUAAAUUUAACGAAAAUCAGCCGGCUGGAGAUUACUGGGUGAUUGAUACGGAUUACACUGCAUUCUCAGUUGUAUACGCUUGCCGCAAUCUCGGACCAUUCAGAAGCGAGUUCUUAUGGCUUCUGAGCCGCGACCGUUCGGGUUACACGCCCAGCGUCCAGCAGCGCGUGGAGCAGAUCCUAAGCCAACAACAGAUCAGUCCGAAGCCACUCAAACCCAUUAACCAGCUUAACUGCCAAGCUUAACGGAAGCUCUACCGUUCAAUUAUUGGUCAAAACUCUGCAUUUCCGAUCAGCGUGAACAAUGUUUUACUGCCAUCAUGCCAUGCAGUAUUGUGUUUUUGGUAUAGUUAGCUAUCCCCAUGGCAGCAUUCUGCGCUUUGACAGCGUCAGUAAUAUAAAUUAACUUAUUCAUUUGGCACUGAAUUCAUGCUGUGGAGCGGUUGAAAAAUUUGACAUUCAAAAAAAUUAAAGUUAAUACAUCU